AUGUCGCUGGGACAGGGGUGUCCCCAGGACAGGACCCAGCGGCAGCAGCCCCGCGCCGGGGCUGACUCAGCCCGUCCCUGCAGCAUCACGUGAAGCCGGGGCAGCCCCCCCGUCCCCCCUCCCCGUCCCCUCGAUCCCUCCCCCUCCCCAUCCAGACCCGACGCCUGCCCAAAUUUUCCGGCUGCCUCCGAACUUCCUCAAUCCAUCCAGCGGCAUAAAAGUGCAGCAGCCCCGGCCCGGCACUCCCAGUGCUCCCAGUGCUCCCAGUACUCCCACCGACGGCUCCAUGCUGGGGUAAGACUGGUCCCCAGGAUGUGGUGGCUGCUGGCCCUGCUGGUCCCUGUGGCCCUGGCCCAGUUGCACCCGGAGCCAGAACUGGACAGGCAGUGGGAGCUGUGGAAGAAAACCCACCGCAAGCAGUACAACGGCCAGGUGGGGCAGGGACCCUGGGGAGGGGGGCUCUGCCAGCUGGGGACCCCCAGGGUGGGACACUGGGGCAGGAGGGGGAAGCUGGGACAGGAGGAUGUCCCCAGGGUGGGACACUGGGGCAGGAGGACCAGCGAGGAGGUGGUGAGGACGAUGACGGGGCUGAAGGUGCCCCGUGGGCACCAACGUCACAACGAGACUCUCUUUGUCCCCGACUGGACCGAGAGAGCCCCGGCUGCCAUGGACUGGCGCAAGAAGGGCUACGUCACCCCUGUCAAGAACCAGGGCCAGUGUGGCUCGUGCUGGGCGUUCAGCUCAGUGGGCGCCCUGGAGGGGCAGCUGAAGAGGAAGACGGGGAAACUGCUGUCCCUGAGCCCCCAGAACCUGGUGGACUGCGUGGCCAACAACGACGGCUGCGGCGGCGGGUACAUGACCAACGCCUUCGAGUACGUGCGGCAGAACCGCGGCAUCGACUCCGAGGACGCCUACCCCUACAUCGGCCAGGACGAGAGCUGCAUGUACAGCCCCACCGGGAAGGCGGCCAAGUGCCGCGGCUACCGCGAGAUCCCCCAAGGCAACGAGAAGGCCUUGAAGAGGGCGGUGGCCCGGAUCGGCCCCAUCUCUGUGGGCAUCGACGCCAGCCUGCCCUCCUUCCAGUUCUACAGCCGGGGGGUUUACUACGACGAGAACUGCAACGCGGAGAACAUCAACCACGCCGUGCUGGCCGUGGGCUACGGGGCACAGAAGGGCACCAAGCACUGGAUCAUCAAGAACAGCUGGGGCGAGGAGUGGGGCAACAAGGGCUACGUCCUCCUGGCCCGCAACAUGGACAACGCCUGCGGCGUGGCCAACCUGGCCAGCUUCCCCAAGAUGUGACACCCCGGCCCUUCCCUCCCCACUUCCCGGCCUUCCAACUCGGCCUCUUCCCUCCCGGUCUCGAAGGACAGCGCUCCCGGGGGGAAUUCUGCGACUCCACCAGAAAUUUCCCCUGGGAAAGGGGAGGGAACCCCUCACCCAGCUGCAGUGAAUGGAGGGACGAGCUCCCCCCAGCUCUGUUUUCCUGGGAAUUCUCUGCCGUGCUGGCUCCUGCCUUCCCAUGGAUCAUGCUUGGCCAGAUCCACGAAGGCCGAUCCGUCCAGAGAUGCUUCAGGAAAUGGGUCCCAGGCCAACCUCUGCCUCCCGGAAUACUGGGGAACAGUGGAUGUGGAAUAUUCCCAACGGAGAGCACAGAUCCCUAUCGCUCCACCCUGUAUCCCAGUGGAGGCUGCUGAGAAUGAUACGACUAUUUUUCAAAUAAAAUUGGGAAUAAAAGCUGGGA